AUGUCUCUAGUCUCCGAGGACCUCGACUCCAAGGCGGAAGUCUACUACGACCACGAGAUCUGCGAAGUCAAGUCCAGGUCGCUCCUCCGCGAGCUCGGCCUCCCCGGCGGCCUCCUGCCGCUGAAGGACAUCACCGAGUGCGGCUUCGUGGAGGCGACCGGCCUCGUGUGGAUCAAGCAGGAGCGCGAGAUCCACCACUACUUCGACAAGGUGGGGAGGAAGGUGCGGUACGGGCGCGAGAUCACCGCCCAGGUGGAGAAAUGCCGGAUCAAGAAGCUGACCGGGGUCAAGACCAAGGAGAUGAUGGUGUGGAUCUCGAUUUCCGAAGCCUCCGCCUCCGGCGACCCUCCCACCGGGAAGAUCACCUUCAAAACUCCGGCGGGGUUGGUUAGGGCUUUUCCGGCGUCGGCAUUUGAGGUGGAGGAGCAAAUGCCAGACCGUUGA